GGUAGGAGCGGAAAGCCCUUGCAGCGAUAUGAAGCGUGCAGCUGCCAAGAAGCUUAUUGAAAGGUACUUUUAUCAACUUACCGAAGGAUGUGGUAAUCCUCAAUGUAGUAACCAAAACUGCGCAUCCAGUGGGAAAAUUACUAAUCUUACACCAAAUCAAGCAGCAGCUCAAGCCAUUCAGUUGUUCUCUCAAGAAGCUCGAUUAUGCGACGGUACUCAACCGAGUAAAGUUGCUAGAACUACUUUGGAACCUGGACCUGCAUCUUUGGCUAAAAGUCUACCUGUUAAAAAUGUAAAUCCUACUUGCUCGGAUGAAGGGAAAUCAGAACCAUAUCUAACCGAAGCCAAACUUCUGGAUAUAAUAAAUAAAUGUAAAUCGGAAAGGGCAUAUUCGUUAUUGAUACGUACUUUGGGAAAAGUAUUUUCUUCUAGAGAAGCAUUAAGCCGAAGUUUUCAAAAGACUGAAAAAAAUGAUUCUCCAUUGGCGGCACUUCUUGAUAGAGCACCUGAUAAUCUUUUAAGGCCACCUGCAGAUUUAAACAAAGAGGCUGUACGUUCCUUACAAGGAGAAGAUAAAGAAGAAGACAGUAGCGAUCCAUCUCCAACAGUUCCUCCUAACGACGAUGAUACUAGCGUUGAUUUACUUGCUGUUAGAAGAGCGUUUAAGGCAUUAUGGACACUUCCAGGGAAAGCAUUUGAAUCAGCACUUGUAAAUGCACUAGUCACAUUAGCAGAUACGAUAGAAUUACAUUUAAGAGUAUUUGGAAAAACACCAUCCCAUAGCAUGGACAGUCUUUUAAAUGUAUUCUUAAUUGUAUUUGAAAUACCAAUGUUGGGAAAUAGCGAAUAUCUUGAACUUGCGCUUCAUAUGCUUUGUAAAGCUGUUAGCUGUUUCCCAACAAUAGCUCAAGCGAAAUUAGCACGUGUAUGGGCCAGACACUGUAAGCCUACGUUACCUAAUCUUCUGCAAGCUCUACAAGAAUUGAUAACUGUUAAGGUAAUAAGUGGAUCAUUUACACGGGAUUAUUGUGUUCAGGAUGCAGAUACCAUCACUGCUCCUACAAAAGUAAUGAGGAUUCUUUAUUAUGCUAGUAUGUUAGCAGGAGAAUUAGAUAGUAGUGAAUUGGCGACAAGCGAAGAUGGUGAUACAACAAAAAUUGACAAAUCGUGUAAAAUGACUUCGCAAAUCCCACAGGAUCCAUUAGCCAAAGAAUUAGGAAUUUCUGCAUUGGAUGCUCGCAAACCAUUCAUAUCUUUCACUGAUUUUUAUAAUGAACCACUUAGCGAUGCUAUUGAAAUGGAUAAAGAUUUUGCUUACUACAAAAGCGAAGAACCUCAGAAAUUUAGUUUUAUGAAUUAUCCGUUUAUCCUUACGCCAGCUACAAAAACAUUGGGCCUAUAUUACGAUAAUCGUAUAAGAAUGUAUAACGAAAGAAGAAUGAGUUUCUUACAAACUGUCGUUGGACAACCGACUAAUCCAUAUCUUAGAUUAAAAGUACGUAGAGAUCAUUUGAUAGACGAUGCAUUGGUCGAAUUGGAAAUGGUAGCAAUGGAGAAUCCAUCGGAUCUUAAAAAACAAUUGGUUGUCGAGUUUGAGGGUGAACAAGGUGUCGAUGAAGGUGGUGUAUCUAAAGAAUUCUUUCAAUUAGUUGUAGAGGAAAUCUUCAAUCCUGAUUAUGGCAUGUUUACGACUCAGGAAGACACACAGUUAACGUGGUUUAAUUCCACAUCAUUUGAAAGUGACGCACAAUUUACGCUGAUAGGAAUCGUCCUUGGAUUAGCUAUUUAUAACAACGUAAUUUUGGAUGUACGUUUUCCUAUGGUAGUUUAUCGGAAAUUAUUAGGUAGGAAAGGAGGAUUUGCUGAUUUAGAAGAUUGGGGUCCUACUUUAUAUAGAACACUAACAGAAUUAAUAGCGUAUACCGAAGAUGAUAUGUCGGAUACAUUUAUGCAAACUUUCCGUGUUGGUUACAAAGAUGUGUUUGGUUCAAUGUCGUUUCAUGAUCUUCGUGAGAACGGGGAUGAAACUUACGUAACACAAGAAAAUAAAAAAGAAUUUGUAGAUCUUUAUGCAGAUUUUUUGUUAAAUAAAUCAGUGGAAAGACAAUUCAAAGCAUUCAGACGUGGUUUUCAAAUGGUUACAGAUGAAAGCCCGCUUGCUUUACUUUUCAGACCGGAAGAAAUUGAACAGCUUGUUUGCGGUAGUAAAAUAUUUGAUUUCGCGGAAUUGGAAGCAGCAACGGAAUACGAGGGUGGUUAUACUGUUGAUAGUGAAGCGGUGCGUAAUUUCUGGCGGGUAGCUCAUUCAUUACCACCGGAAAGUCAAAGAAGGCUACUUCAGUUUACUACAGGUAGCGAUCGAGUUCCAGUCGGAGGACUUUCUAGGCUUAAAAUGGUUAUUGCAAGACAUGGUCCAGAUUCGGACAGAUUACCUAUCGCCCACACAUGCUUCAAUGUUUUACUUUUACCGGACUACAGCACGAUUGAAAAGUUACAAGACCGUUUAUUAAAAGCAAUCAACUAUUCUAAAGGUUUUGGCAUGUUGUGAAUGUGUACCAAAGCUUCAUCAAUUAAUCAACGCUAUAUCAAAGUGAAUGAUGAAUUCGUUAAAUACACACACAUCAGGAUAUAUACAAAAUCAUGUUUCUAUAUCUUCUUACAAACCCAAUCACACAUUACACAUGGACAUAUUUAUUAUGUAAUUAUGUUCGAAAGAGAGAUGCGCGUGUGUGGUGUGCGUGCAAUCGUGGGUGUUGUUUCUGCUUUCAACAACAAUAACCAAAACAAAAACAACAAUAAAUUGUGCUCAAUUAACAAUAAUAA